AUUUAAACCAUCCCUACUAGAUCACAUAUCUCGAACAUCUCCUCCAUCCUCCCCACAUAUCCGUCUUCUUCAUACACGGCGCCGACUAACCAACAGCGUCGCAAACACUCCAACCAUCUCGCUGCCUCAUUCUCAGGCGCAAAGAAAAUGGGCCAAACACCCUCCACCCCGCAACCUGACACCACAAUCCAAGUCAUCGGCGGCGGUCUCUCCCGCACCGGGACUGCCUCGCUCAGCACUGCCCUCGCCAUCCUCCUGGAGGGCCCUGUGUACCACGGCGGCACGCAGAUCACCCUCGGCCCACCCACGGAGAUGCCGCGCUGGAACCACCUUCUUCGCACAUGGCUGCGCAGUGACGCCGACCAAACGCUGUCACUCCUCCACUCACUCACGACCGGCUACGUUGCCAUCACGGACGCGCCCGCCUCACAUCUGGUACCCGAACUGCUUACACUCUACCCGGACGCCAAAGUGGUCGUCACGGUGCGCGAUCCGCAAGCCUGGAGUCAGAGCAUAGACACGGCCACAUCUGUUGUAGCCCCGUGGUUCAUGUGGGCGGUCCUGCUGCCCCUGCCCGGGAUGCGACAUUUUAUGGCGUUCAUCUCGCUGGUGAAGGCGCAGUGGGCGCGAGUCUACGAUUGUGAGACGCAGGAUAAAGCGUGGAUCUACCAGCGCCAUCUAGAGUGGUUGAGAGAGGUGGUCCCGGUGGAUCGGUUGGUGGUGUUUGAUGUCCGGGACGGGUGGGAGCCGCUCUGUCGGGGCUUGGGGAAGGAGGUUCCCAAGGAUAUGCCCUUUCCCAAAAUCAAUGAUUCCAAGGCGAUCGAGCGGGCGGCGGCGCACUAUAUCAGGAAGGGUUUGAUGCGGUGGGCGAUGAUUCUGGGGGUGCUGGUGCUGGGGACUGCUUGGUGUUUUAGGACCAGGAUAUAGAGCUCUUUCCUCGAGUACUGGAUGCGACGUCCCUGCCUUGUCACUUUC